AUGGAAGCAAAAUGGUUAGUUCUCUGGACUUUUCUGCACCAGAUAAAAGGUUCCAGUGCUGUGACGUCUCAGUUUGUGCUGAAGGGAGAAGAUGUCACUCUGCAUGUUCAGAAACCUGACAUUCAAGAAGGAACCAUAUUUACAUGGAAGUUCAAGAGUAGAUACAAUGUAGCAAGAUUAGUUAAGGAUGAAGUAUCUAUCUUUACAAACUACAGAGGAAGGGUUGAUUUUUCAUUAGAAGAUUACUCUUUGCUGUUGAAGAGUCUAACAGAAGCUGACAGUGGAGUUUAUUCUGCAGUGCUGUAUGGGGAACAAGAUGAGAAAGUGGCUGAAUACAAAGUCACAGUUCAAGAGCGAGUGUCUCCAGUUCAGCUGACAGUGAAGCCUGUCUCCUUCAGCUCAGACUCCUGUAACGUCACUGUGACCUGCAGCAGUCAGGACUCUUCCAUCAGCAGCACUUUGACAUGUGACGGAGAAGACUGCUCUCUGGUGGGAGGAGAGAGGUCAGAGGUCACAGCCUCAGCUACCGCCUUCAGAGUCCAUGUGUUUGAUGGGUCAGUCAUCUGUAACCAUAGCAACCAGGUCAGCUGGAGUGAGGACAGGAUGGAGAUUGAUGCUCGCUGCUGGCCAGAUGUUGGUAAGACAUAAAGACAA